AUGACACAGCAUGUCAGUUAUGGCACAUGCAUAUGUGGUAAAAUUGAGAAGCAAGCAACAAUAAUAAACAGAAUUCAGGUGAGUGAAUACCGCUGGAUCGAGGAAGAGAAAGAAAAAGAGAAGGCACGUGACAUGGUGCGGUGCUUGCAGGGCCUGGUUAUAUUUCUUACGCUGGAAGAUGGCGGCGCCCACGGGCGCCAGGAGGAGCUACUCUUGUCAUGGAACAGAGCGGUGUGGGGGCGCUUGCGAGGCCAACUCCAAGCUUUCCGGGGACACCCACCGGCCUGUGGGGCCGAGGCCGCGGCCUAUGGCAGGUGCGUGCAGGCGUCCACAGCCCCGGGAGGCCGCCUGACUAAGGACCUCUGCGCGCAGGAGUUCAAGGCCCUGCGGAAAAGCUUCGCUGCCCCGGCCCAGAAAACUUUGCAGGGUGGAUGCCAAUGGCUUGAAAGAAAAUCCCAGAGAUAA